UGGUAAAAUAUUAACAGGGCACUUUCUAGUUGAAUACUUGCUCACUAAAUCAUUGGUAACAGGGAGAAACAGAAUGAAUGCAUGGAUGAAAAAAGGAAACUCUUCUUUUGGUUUCCUGUUGGACCAAAAGAAAAUAUAUACUAGAAGUACUUCUUCUUCUUGGACCUGGAAUAAGGAUUAGAUGAGCCUGGGUGUAGAGUGGAGGCAGCAUUCUUUUUGGGAUUGAAAACAACUGGGUAUUUUAUACUGAUGUCAAUCAUUGCUGAGGAAGGCUAUAUACUUUUUUUUGCAGUUCAUUAUGAAAAGCAGUUGUAAAAGUACAUUACUUGACUUAUAUCUAUUGCAGGUUGCAGGAUGUGUCUCAGAGACACAGUUAAAUAGGAACCCUUCUCCCUCCUUCAGUUCUGUUGUUUCACACAUUCAAACUGGACAGAACUAGAUUAGCUGAAUGUGAUAGCUCAUGCUAAUACUCACGCUGCACAUUGGAAUUGGAAACACCAGUACUGCCUGACUUUUUUAGACUCAUUUGAUUUUAACACUGAAGUGUAGCUGUAAUGGAAAGCCUUUUUCUGCAGUCCCCAGGUACAACCACUGUGUUGUGCACUGUUGGAGUCCUGCUUGUCUUUUACGUGUUAUUUUCCAGUUUCAAUCGUCAAAGAAAGGAGCCUCCGGGGCCCUGGCCACUGCCUGUAAUAGGCAAUUGGUUGCUACUGGAUCUUGGUCUGACUUUUUAUACAUUUUUUAUUUUUUUAUUAUGGCUUUUAUAUCAGCUUUCAAAGAAGUAUGGACCAGUAUUUACAUUCCACUUAGGGCCCAAAAAAGUGGUGGUGUUUGCGGGGCACAAAAUGAUCAAGCAGGCUCUUGUCCACCAUGAUGCAUUUUCAGAGACAGAGGUUCCUCAAAUUAUCCAAGAUCUUAAAUUAACACAUGGAAUUUUAUUCGCCAAUGGAGCCUCGUGGAAAGAAAUGAGGCAAUUUUCACUGACAAAGAUGAAAGACUUUGGAAUGGGAAAGAAAGCAUGCGAAGAGAAAAUUAUAGAGGAGAGUCAACGCCUGAUUGAUAUAUUCAAAGAAAAAAAUGGUAAAGGCUUUGACCCAGCCCAGCCAGUAAACAAUUCUGUCUCCAACAUCAUCUGCUCUAUUGUGUAUGGAAACAGAUUUGAAUAUGAUGACCCGAUUUUCACAUCCAUGGUGGAGAGAGCUACUCAAAACUCUAAACUAUUGGGUUGUCCUUCAAUGCAGGUACAGUACACAGUGUACAUGAGAGCAGGAGUCGUAAACAGACUAAAGAGUAUAGAAUGGGCAGAAUAUAGCAGGUGA